UUGUUAUCUCCCCUGGUAAUUCAGAUGGCGCCACAAUCGCUAAAUCCACCUUCGCACCUGUCACAGAGAAUCUUCAUAACCGGUAAUCAUGGAGUCCAAAUACGACCGUGUCGCCUACCCAGAAAAUGUGUACCUCCAUUCCGAUGCGGACAUGGAGGAUUUCGGAACUGGAGUGUAUCCAGUGUCCGUCAUAUCAAGAAAACCCUUUCAUGACGAUUCGAUCAACUUCGGUUGUUUUAAGGUGCGACGCAAAUUCUCGACAUUGCUGAUAGUUUUCGGUGUAAUUUUACUUUUACUGGUGAUCACGAUAGGUAUUGGAAUCCACGCGGCCGUGGCACACAAGGCGACACAGGAAGAAAAGCACAUGUGUAACAGUGGCACAAGCCCUAACGCAAAGGACUUCGGUCUAUUGGUAGAGCCUAUGAUUAAAAACUCAGGGUCAGCAAUCUGCUUUGAUGCAACAAAGCCUGAUACAUAUCUACAAUAUCUCAACAGAUUGGAUUACUUCACACAUGAUUAUAGCGCAAUACCCCAGACUGGGGAGGAAUAUGUGGACUGUACAAAUGCUACUGCACCAGACGGCAAGAAAUGUCGGUUUGACAUUCACAAGUUCGGGAGUCUGUGUACACAUGGAAAGGACUAUGGGUACAACCAAGGGAGACCAUGCGUACUGUUAAAACUGAUGAUGCCAAAAGGCAUUGUACCAGAAGUGUUUGGGAAAGAGGAUACUGUCACAAAAACGAAGCUCCAGAAUGGCCUGUGGAGUGGUGACCAUGUGGCUGUGACUUGUGACGGCGCGACACCUGAUGAUAAAGCAAAGAUUGGCAAUACCCCGUACACCGGUCCAAACAACCUAACCGAGGGACCAUUCUACAUCAGCCCUAAGGAGGGAUUCCCUGUCAACUUCUACAAGGACGGCAACACUGUAGUACCAGCAGUCAUGGUUGGCUUCAACAAUCUCAUGAUCACCAGAAACACCUACAUCACCAUCAAGUGUGUGGCCUGGGCCAAAAACUUCAACAAUGGGGAUCCUGCCAGCUCUAUUGCAUACACAACAACAUUCAAUUUCCACCUCAGCUGAGGCAGCAGGCAUGGAGACGACCUGUUGUUACCAGUCUUCACCGACAGCCUUGUAGGGGCACUAACCCUCACACUUCAUCUCAUCCCAAGGCAAAGAUCACUUCUUUCUAGAUCAGUUAAACUGAAAUAUUGGAUUAAAUAUCUAGUUCUCGAUUAGUUCUCAUGAUUAUGUGAAGAUUUAAAGUACAAACAAUGGUAUUGAAUACUUGUUUGAUCCAAUUUUUUGUCUGUGUCCAUUUAAAAAAAUCUGAAUCAUUGAGGAAAAAUUUGUGUAAGAUAUUUUUUCCUAUAUUUAUGAAUAUGAAAUGUUACCAGUGUCGUUCUCAUCCAGUAAUGUUCUCGUCAUAAUGUUUACAGCGACCCACACUAGUUCUAAUCAUUGAAAACUUAAGAAUCUCUUUCCUUCUCCGUCUUAAUGACUAGGUUUGAUACCUCUAAAGGUAUUAAUUGCCUUUACCUUGUGUCUAUGAGAUAUUCAACAAACUAAAUAUACAUUCCAUACUCGUACUUUUAAUUGUGUCUUAAUACAAGUCUGUCGGUGGGUACCCUAUAAAGUUGAUAUAUGUUAUACACCCUCAAGUUAGUGUCAAGUUCUGUGACCACUUGACCGAGUCACAUAUUAACUACACAAAUUUGCAGUCAAUUAGUAGAACCAGAUAGAUGGUGUGUUAGAUUGUGUAUUAGCCAAAGUGUAUAUAAGGUCCGUAGGUAUGACUGAAGACUGCGGAGAACACACGUUAACUGAUUUACUGUGGUUGACUAGAUGUCACGUUGACUAGAUGUCACAUUGACUAGAUGUCACAUUGACUAGAUGUCACGUUGACUAGAUGUCAACGAGUCCUUUUCAAUUCAUUUUUUACUCUCUUUUUUUUUAGGCGAAAUUAUGAACUUUUUCACACAUUCAUUAUGAAUAAAACAGAGAUAUGCUCAUUAUUAAUCAUUUAACUUGCAUUUAAAUCAAUACUUACACUAUUAAGGAGGUUAUGACUUGCCUCUAUAAUUAUGUGGGGAUUUAAAGAAUUCCAAACUAUCCACUAAAUGGAUGUUUUUAAAUGUCAAGUCUGUAUAUCUUUUCAUUCUUCCAAAGUGACAUCUUUAAUUUCUUGAACUUUUUUAUCAUCAUGUUGGAAAGUUACUGUUUGAGAUGUAUAAUCAUAUUGUGAACAGAGAUAUCCAUAUAAGGCAAUUACAUUUUUUGGAAAUGUAAUUUAUUAACAAAAUUGUAGCCUAGUAUGAAACUGAAGUGUAUGUGAUCAAUGUUAUAUGUUACUCAUUGUGUUAUUUUGUACAGACCUUUUCUGGAGAAAGAGAGGCUCAGUGAGAACAAUAGGUACUAAAAUACCGAUAUUAUCAUGUUUUUUAUCAUCUGUGUGUAACUUUCAUCUCCAUGCUCUGUAAACUGAUUCAACAGUCACUUGACGUUCAUUUGUGUUAGUUUGUAAUAGCAGUUUCCUAAUUGAUCACAAUUUUUUCUGCGAUUUUACUGUCAUUGAUGUGUGUGUGAAAUCACCUGAUAAUGUACUAGAUAUAUGUGAAUGGUAUUUGUAUAUUGUUGAGAACUAAUAAAUAAACAUGCAGGUUCUAAGUUUUCCGAUGGAGCCAUCACAUGUAUGUAUGAUAGGGUUUGUAUUAUCCAGGAUGAUUUAUAGUGAUACUAUUACAUGUGUCAAUACAAGGUGUACUGUAUCAUUUAACAUCACAUUAAAAGGAUGUUUUAGAUGAACACUUUUUGACAUUUACAUAAAAUCUGGUUAUUAUAGAGAAUGACAAUUGUCUUCUCAUUUAUUCUAAUUAGAAAUUCAUGAAAAUAUUCAAAUUAAAAUUUUCAACUUUUACCAUGGGUCAAAACUCAUAAAAUGCCUGUAUAAGUAACAGUAAAAUUGAUUUUUAAACAAAAAAAGUAUCACAAUUAGUGUUUUGUUCGGCCUUAAUAUAUGGGUAUGAUAAAAUAAUUGUCCUGUGAUUUUUGGUACACACUCGGUUAACAAUUCCUAGAUAAUUGGAAUGGAUGUUAUAUUGUAACUACAGCUAGUUGUACUGAAGUAGUAUCUGCAGAUGGUUCUACUGAUGUUAUCAUGUUCAAGUUUUGUUUUGAAGGUUGUUUUAACUCUAUUGUUAUAUAAACUUAAACAUUCACUGGCAUAUCAUGGUUAUGUAAGGGUUGAACUGUCAUGUAGACUACAUUUCUCACUGUCAUAAACAGUGGUCAUGGGUUGGAAGUAUUGUACAUGUGUCGUUGUCAUUAGUCCCUUCUAAAAUAGUCUGUAAUAUUACAAUUAUUUCUAACCACUCUGAUUUUUUGUUGUAAACUGAAAUAAAUUCAAUUGUUUUGUUCAUUAAAACUUUAUCCUGAAGAUGUUUAGUUUGCUGUUUAGAUAAUGCCAUAAUUCAGAGUCUAGAAUCAAGAUUUGACAGAAUUUGAACCUGUUAUUUCCCUUAGUGGUACACAUGGUCACCAAUGAUCCGACAGUGUAUUUAACUGGUGACAGAAUUUCAACCUGUUAUUUCCCUUAGCGGUACACAUGGUCACCAAUGGUCUGACAGUGUAUUUAACUGGUGACAGAAAUCGAAUGAUCUUAGAAAUGAACAUUUUUGUAAUCAUGAUAUUUUUGAUUUCCUACAUUCCACUUGGAAUAUAUUUUGUUUUUAAGAUUUUAAUAUAUAUAUACCUGGAGUAUGUUGAUGUGUUCUGUCCAUGUAUACAUUCCUUUAUCUAACGAUCCAUCAUGACUGGAAAAAAAAUUCCAUAGAAAUAACAUAUCGGUGUGUAAUUCAGGUAUACAAGAAUUGAGGUUAUUUAUAAACACUUUUUGAUAUUGCUGUAAUCCAAUUUAUAUCCAUAAGAAAUAAAUUAUCAGCUUUGUAUAUUGAUAUAUCCUAUAUAUAUAUAUAUUCACAAAUAAAUGAAAAUUUGUUCUGUAAGGAACAAAUAAACAUCUGCCUUUUGAUAUUUUGAGCCUAAAAUCGAUCAUUUUGAAAUCUGUUAUCUAAUGGGAAGUAUUUUUUUAAUGGAGAGACUAUUGUGUUUUCUUUGGUCCCUGACAGCUUCACCCACGUGCCUUACCCUCCACAGGGCUCAUACUUAAGGUCCAUUGUUGCUGUUUAAAUAUAAUUGUGAAAAAAGUAGCUAUGAAAUUUAUUAAAUACCUUGUUGAAAUAAUUUGAAGGAACAAAAUCUGUGACAUUUUGUUUUCACAGCUUGGCGUACAGGGCCUUUUUUAUCGUGAUGUUCUUGCUGUAAGUGCAGUUGUUUCCAGGUUAACUCAGAUUUAGGGGACUGAGAAGCUGCUAGAGAUCUAGGCCAAAAUUCUCAUAAACUCAUAUCUCGGAGAUACAAGUCCAUCUCUUUUUUAACUGAAGCAGUAGAAUCUUUAGCAGUGAAGUUGUCAUCUUUUAUCUUAAGAUUAGGUGAUGUCAGUACCCUGUAGUUUUGUAUGUAUGAGAUAAUUGUUCUCCUACCCUGGACAGGUCUAUUCCUACUUUUUGUGAGGUGAGAUUGUCUCACCCUAGGGUUUAGAUGAAGGGAUUCCCCAGUCAAUGAGAUUUCCUUGUCUCACCCUAGGGUUUAGAUGAAGGGAUUCCCCAGUCAAUGAGAUUUCCUUGUCUCACCCUAGGGUUUAGAUGAAGGGAUUCCCCAGUCAAUGAGAUUUCCUUGUCUCACCCUAGGGUUUAGAUGAAGGGAUUCUAUUUAGUCUGUAAAGUAAAGACAAAGAGUAAGGUAAAAGGAGCGUUGAAGUGUAGGCUCUGUUGGUGAUGAGAUGAUGAACUUGAUCGUAUAGUUUAGUCCCAUAGACAAAGAGUAAGGUGAAAGGAGCGUUGAAGUAUAAGGCCUUGUGUUGGUGAUGAGAUGAUGAACUUGAUUGUAUAGUUUAGUCCCAUCCUGGUAGUGUUGGUGUUGUGAUGAUGUGGCCGGAGACUUGUCCAGGAGUGGUUAGUCCCGUUCUGAUAUUAGUGCCAUGCAAACAAUGAUCUGUAGAUAUGUCCUACAAUAAUUGUAAUAGUGAUUUCUUAGUGUAAAAGUAUUUUGUUUAUACAAUGUGACAUGGUCAUAAACAAUCUCAGAUAGAACACUAUGUAUACUUGUCAACAUAGGCACUGCAAUAGGGUGUAUCAGAAUCACACACUGAUGUCAUUAGAAAUAAUUAAAGUCAAUAUUUUACUGAUUAGUUGUCUUACCAGAUCAAACCUCAGUACCCUUACUGAGUGAUGAACUGUUUCUAUUUGACCUAGUUUUAUUCUAGAUUGGUUAAAACCUUAUAGCAGUGCCUUUGUAAAUGUUUUGUGGUAAAUGUAUGUAUUGAGAAAUAAUAACAUUUUUAUAAAAUUGUACACACGUCUAAAUGUAAAGGUUGUUUGAGUGUUGGUUAUGUAGCUAGACCAAGGAUUGUUGGUGAUGAGUUCCUUGGUGUAGUGUAGCUGUACAUUUUAAGCGUAUAAUGAUAGAUAAGUUGAUACAGUAUGUACACAUCACUUCUAUUUAUAUUGUUUGUUGGAUCUAAAUUUUCUCUCUCUCUUCACAGCCAGUUGAUCUGCUUUUUGUGAUUAACCUUUCCUGUACCUUGUUAAAAAAUAUCACUUUGCUUUGAUACCUGUCAUUCCAGUUCUGCUUGUAAAAUUCUGUAGUGGUGGUCAAAACUACAGGAUGUCCUACUUAUUGUAUUAGAUUUUUUUUAUUAUCUUUCAUUACUGGUUUAUGAAAUAUUGAUUUUCAGUUGAGGUUAUUUAGCCAAGCUUUGUAAACCAUUACAGUUAAUCUGUAAAAAAUAAAUGAAUUCCAUAUUUGAAUUUUAGAAAUGUAUUAAAAAGUUGUUAACAAUAACGAACUUUGUAUGAAAUAUUAAGAUUUGUUAAUGCAUUGUACCGUGUGUGUCCUACUUAACUCGGGCAAUUAACCGUGAAAUUAACAGUAACACAAACUCCUGUGAAAAGACAGCUGUUGGCUGUCCAUAACUAGGUCAUUAAAUACAUCCCUUUCCAAUUAAAACUAAACUGAGUCUUUCUCCCAGGUGUUAUUAAGCGUUACGUUGUGUAGUCGACUAUUUAGUUUCUGGUGAUGGGGUGUGGUGGGCUUCACAGUGCUCCUCGGGUCACAUGGAAGGAUUCUACAUUAUUAGAAGUGAUAUACUUACAGUGUACUACACUAACUUAAUAUCAGGGACAGGUAUCCGUCACAAUACAGGAAAAACAUAAACGAGAAAUACCACAGGUAACCCUACAUUCCAAUUAUGAUUUAUCAUGUUUAGGAUAUUUCUAGAGCCAUUGAUAUUUCAGUAUGUGUACAGUAUAGAUAUACUGCCACCAUCUGUCCAGUGUUAUUAUCACAUGAUCAAGGGGUUUGGUGAUAUAACAGGAUUUGGCAAUUUAAGGAAGUUUGAUGUUAUCAGCUGGUUUUGUGAUAUAAAGGGUUUGUUGAGAUAUAUUGGGACAUUUAGACAGGAAGUGAUAAUGAAAUGGGGAUAUCGAAAUGUAUAGGAAGUGAGCUGGAAAAUAAUGUAAAGAGCAUCUAGAUUUAGAGGUGUACCAUUGAUCUGAUAAUGAUGUCUGUGUUACCAUACUGACAAAUCUUAACUAGCACGAAUUACAAACUGUCCAGUUAAAACAGGUAAACUGAACUACAAACUGUCAUGUGAAAAUUCUUCCUCGUACAAUACUGCAAACUGUUUGAUUAAUUUUUUUACUACUUGUAGUACAAUACUACAAACUGUCCUGUUCAAAUCCUUUCUAGUAGAUGUGCUCUAAGAUGUCAGCUGUUCAGAUAAUUACCAGGAGGAGUGAAGCUCUAUGAUAGUAAAAUGUUGACGUGUACCAGUUAAUGAACUGUACACACAGUUGCCCUGAUUUAACAUGUUGAAGAACAACCUUGUGACCACGAAGGUCUGUGAUUUUGUAUACCAUGCUAACUCUUUAAUAGAUUGUUUUAAAUGUAUGUAAUUCAAUUUUUAUGAUUCCUUUAAUGUGCAAAUCUUAAAGCUGCAAUAAAAAGAUUAUCUAUUGUU